CUCUCUCUCCCCCCCCUAUACUCUCUCUCUCUCUCUCUCUCAACAAUGGCGAUGCUCAUUUUUCCAUUAGCAAUCUUUCUUGGAGUAUGUAGUCUCUCGACAUAUGUCACUGCAUUCACAGCAUCUGCCUGGAGUAGAGGUCAUGCCACAUUCUAUGGAGGCAGUGAUGCCUCUGGAACUAUGGGGGGAGCUUGUGGAUAUGGCAACCUGUAUUCCACCAGGUACGGGACUAGGACGGCGGCUUUAAGUACCGCCCUGUUUAACGACGGAGCUUCAUGUGGACAAUGCUACAAGAUCAUAUGCGACUUCAAAACAGAUUCUAGAUGGUGCGUAAAAGGAAGGUCCGUGACAAUUACUGCAACAAACUUUUGUCCUCCCAAUUUAGAUCUUCCAAACGACAAUGGAGGAUGGUGCAACCCACCCCUUCAGCAUUUCGACAUGGCUCAGCCUGCCUGGGAAAAGAUCGGGAUUUACAGCGGUGGCAUCAUCCCUGUCUUGUUCCAAAGGGUACCAUGCAAGAAGAGGGGCGGUGUGAGAUUCACAAUAAAUGGGAGAAACUACUUUGAGCUUGUGCUGAUCACCAAUGUCGGAGGAGCCGGAUCUAUCCAAUCUGCUUACAUUAAAGGAUCCAACACUGGCUGGAUUGUAAUGUCCAGGAAUUGGGGAGCAAACUGGCAGUCCAACGCCUACCUCAACGGCCAAUCUCUGUCGUUCAGAGUCACCACAACCGACGGCGAAACUCAACUGUUUAACAACAUUGUUCCCGCCAACUGGGGAUUUGGCCAAACGUUCGCCAGCGAAGUACAGUUUUCAUAAAUAAUCCGGUGUUGUGGGUUUAAUGAAUUCAAGUGGCUGCCUUCACGGUUCUGGGUUAAUCAACGGCAGAGGCGUGCUUACGUUAUUUUUAAGAGGCAGCCCGCCACAUUUUUUGGGUUUAUCAAACUACGUGGUUAUAUAUUGUCAUUUUUUAUACCCAGAAAGUAUGGUGCUCGAUCCCAAUUCAACAUCGGUGUUGUACCGUUUGAAUAAGAAGCGCCGUCAAAGAUGCAGCUUCAAACAUGUAGAAUCAUUUGCCUUUUCCUACAGAAAUUAUAAUCAUCAUAUAUUCUUGUAAUAUGAUUUUUUUUUGUCGAUUGUAAUAUGAAUUGUUACUAUAAUUGUUAAAUUU